CAAAUUCCCGCUACUUUCCCCUCACGCGAUCUAACUUACCUUCGUCUCUCACUUCCAACUCGUGGCCUUUAUUCAACAGUGCGGACCUUUUCUGUGCCAUUGUUUUCGUUUCUUCCCUUCGACUGUUACUUGGAGUGUCUGAAAGUUAUCUUGGACUUUCCUCUUCAUGAUCUUCGAUACAGCCUCAUCUUGCUGUCUCGUCCAACCCCCUCGCCAUCUGCGGUAGCAUGCUAAGAUUAUAGUCCGGCCUUCGUGCUCCCUGUUCACCAUGUUAAUGACGGGCCUUCGUGCUCCACCUCGGACGAGGAUGCUCCGUGGCAGCUCUUCUGUCCGUCACCAGCUUCUGGGCUUCCCAACAAGCGCUCUUCUCGUUCAGUCACGACACAGCGUCCAGGCCCGCGGCUUCCAUUUUGACAGGUGGUCCUCCCACCUAGGCUCGGAAUGCCGUGGUGACCUCCACCGCUCCCGACCUCGCCGCCUUCGUUACAAGUAUAUCUCUUCUUGCAUGACCAGGGCGCUCUCUUGGCACCAACACCCAACCGCCGAAGACCCUAAGGCUGCCCUUAAGAAGCUUAUGGCCCGUUACUGGGAUGCCUCUGCCCCCUCGUCAACCGGUCGAUAUGCGGACGUUGACAAGGUCAAGUCGUGGUCAGACGAAUUGUCCGGGGUUCGCCCAGGCCGGAAUAUCGAAGAUGUCGAGCGCAGCGCCAUCAACCAUCUCUUCCGUCAUAAUGACCCCUCUUCUCCCUCUUCUUCGUCUUCCUCCUCCUCUGCCUCCGCCCCAACUCCCCAUCCGUACGAGUACGACCCGUGGCAGUCUCCUUUACAGAACAUCCGCAAUCUCCUGGCCACACAAAAUAUCACUGAAAUCCAGUCGGAUCAACCUGGCGGCCAGGUAGACAGCCUAGCCAUUGACCCUAUCACGAAUCGUAGGGUCACGCUUCAGGCAUUGGCUGGAGCAACCUCUGUCAUCGAACAAACGAAGGCGAACCAAGUCUCCCAUUCGCACUUUUCAUUACCCGACUCCCUCCGGGUCGAACCCGUUCAUUCGGACGGACCUCCGUCAGCAAAAGAGCUGCAAAGAUAUAGUCAAGUCAAAUUUGACGACAAGCCGUGGCAGCCGUUGGCGGCCGAACCGGAGCCAUGUUCGGUUUCGGACCUCGACAAGUACAAGCCAGUCGUGGACGAAACUCCAGCAGCCGCAUCAUCCUUCGCAGCCCCCAAGUACGACGACCUCGCAAAAUAUAAGCCCACGGACUUCACUCACGGCCCAAACGCUGCCUCGGCGAGUGGGACGGAAACCAAGUACGAUGACCUUCCCAACUAUGAACCGGUCAUGUGGAGAGAACCGGACGGACUGCCACCCCUCAGUGCAGAGGAGCGAUCCAAGAUGUAUACCGACCUGGGUAACUACGGUCCCGUCCAGUGGAGGGAACCCGACGGCUUGCCCCAGCCGACCGCUGAAGAGUUGUCCAAGACCUACGAUGAUCUCCAUACAUACGGACCUACUACGUGGAACGAGCCGGACGGCAAGCUUCCACUCACUACCGAAGAGCUCUCGAAGCAGUACGAUGAUCUGCACCAAUACGCUGGUCCUUACACCUUCAACGAGCCCGAUGGGAAACUACCUCCUUCGUCGGAGGAGCUGUCCAAGAAGUAUACCGACCUGCAUAAGUACGGGGAUCGGUUCUCGUGGAACGAGCCCGAUGGUUUGCCGGCCCCCACCGCCGAAGAGCGCUCGAAGAAGUACACUGAUCUUCGCCGUUACGGGCCUGUGAGCUGGAACGAGCCCGACGGCAAGAUGCCAUUGACGGCCGAGGAGGCUAGUAAGCAGUAUGCGGACCUCGGCAAGUACGGGAAGGUUGAGUGGAAUGAACCAGAUGGGAAACCCGCACCGACCGCGGAGGAGGCCGGUAAGCGGUAUACGGAUCUCAACGAGUACUCAAAGGUCGAGUGGAAUGAGCCGGAUGGGAAACCGACACCGACCACGGAGGAGGCCAGCAAGCGCUACACGGAUCUGAACGAGUACUCAAAGGUCGAGUGGAAUGAGCCGGAUGGAAAACCUACGCCAACUCCAGAGGAGACUAGCAAGCAAUACACCGAUCUUGACAACUACGGCAAGGUAGAAUGGAACGAGCCGGACGGGCAGCCCGGCCCAACCAGAGACGAGGUCAGCAAGCGAUACUCUGACCUCACCAAGUAUGGAAAGGUGGUAUGGAACGAACCGGACGGAAUGCCUCCUCCGACCGCAGAGGAGGCCAGCAAGGACUAUACUGAUCUCCACAGAUACGGCAAGGUGCAAUGGAACGAGCCGGACGGGAAAGCGGCGCCAACCCCGGAGGAAGCUAGCAAACGGUAUACCGACUUGCACAACUAUGACAAGUUCGAAUGGAAUGAGCCCGAAGGGAAGCCAAUGGUGUGGGCGGAAGAAUCCAGCAAGAAGUAUGUCGACUUGCACAGGUACGGACCAGUGCAAUGGAAUGAGCCCGACGGCAAACUGCCCAUCCACCCCAAAGAAACCAGCAAACGAUACGCUGACCUCCAUCGAUAUAACCAGCCUUUUCAGCAUGAACCUAGUGAGACGGCCGAAGAUUUAGACCUCCUUCGGCCGAGCGACAUCCGUGCCAACAUGGCAUACAAGACGGCGGCGUCGUCACUGAAGAGUGACGACUCGGAGGCUCUCGAGAAGGACAUGUCAGAAUAUGCACAGACCUGGGACAACGCCAACAAGGCAGCCAAGACCACCAUCCAACAAGCUAAGAUCAAGGCCAGCAAUAUGGAUGAAGCGGGGCAAAACGGACGACAAUUGUCUGGCAACUAUGUCAGGGACUUCCCCGAAGACUUCCAAGCGUCAUGGGGUGCUCUGGUCGAUCAAAAUGCAAGCUCAGGACAGGCCGCAAAUAAGCAGACCUCCCUCGAGGGUACCGAUGUGGAUAUCGCCUCUCUGGACGAAAGCUUCCCGACGCUUGAUGCAGCACUUGACCGAGAAGCUGCGUCGACCAACAAUUCCAAACUGGAACCCGCAUUGCAUCGCGUUACCCCGGCCAACAGGGCACAGGUGCGCCUAGGCCACGGCAGCCCCCCGAUUGACCCCUACUCUAAAGAACCACAAGGCCUCGAGUUGGGCUCUAUGGAGGAGGAGUGCGCCCGUAAUGCUGUCAAGGGCGAAUCUGUCAAUGCGGAAGGAUCAGCCCCUAGGCCUGACCAGGAACCGCCUGCGGAGAAGACUAGAGACGACGGUGCAAGUGCAGGUGCAAAGCAGACCAAGAAGGACGAGGAGCCGUCGCAGUACAAGAUCCUAGCGUACGACCCGACGUUGGAGACGGUCGUGAUGGCCGAAACGACGUCCACCGUCCCCGAUACGAUGGCCCCUUUGUCACCGGCCGAGGUGCUCCAGCGCCUGUCGAAUCCUGUCAAGUUCUUCCCGCAUCUCGAGCUGGUUGGGGAAGAAGGCUACGAGAUGAUUUCGGGAAGCGGGAAUGUGUUGGUGCUCCGCAAAGUCCGAGACGGGAAGCCGUCCUCGCACAUCCGGCUGGAGCAACGACAACCACCUACGAGGUACCACGCUUCCCAUGUGAACCCGAUCGACAUGAUGGGCAGCCGACCGGUGACGCCGCAUUCGUUCUCGGCGAGCCCGACGGGGUACGUGAGCUACGACGCCGACACGGCCGGGGCGGCCGCGGACCGCAAGCCGCCGCCUCCUUUCACGUCGCGGACGGAGACGGAGACGAAGACGGAGACGGUAGCAGACGAGACCACGGGGUCAGCGAGGAAGAACUCGGACGGCAACACGGGCAAGUCGAAACGACGGGGCAGGAAGAUGGUCUUGGGCGCGAUAGGAGUUGGGGGGCUUUCCUACUCGGUCGGUGUAUUGGGCGAGUACUUCAGGACUGGGGGUGCGGAGGGCAGCGGGCAGCCCACGAGGGUUUGAUCUACUGGGCGGUCCGCACUGCCGCCAUAUGGCUUUGAUUCAAAGUUUUCAUUCCUUUCAUUCCCCCUUUUUUUUCUUUUCUAUGUGGUGGUGCAUGGAUUCCAUGGAGACGGAACAGCAAGGAGGCAACGGCAGGCGUUGGGAAUAUUAUUAGGAUACCAUUCACGCAACAGGACACAUUACUGAGAAUGAGCAACGAAAUUCAAUUUUCGUAUCCUUUCUGCCCGUUGUAUGUUC